GCUUCCGGCCUUUGUGGGUCACUUUCGAUGGGUUCCGGGUCCCAAAAGGGUUCGAGGCCUCCUGCCUUCGCUCGGUAGGAGGGAGUUCUCUUCUGGCCCCGGGGGCCGCAGGGCUGUCCAGGAAUAAAUUUUCCAGGGGAGAUCUUACUUGAAACACCGGUAGUUCUAGCACAGCUAAAAUGGCAUCUACUUGGGCUAUCCAGGCCCACAUGGACCAGGAUGAACGUUUGGAAAUAAAGAAAGAGGAGAAGAAGUAUACCACCAGACAGGAUUGGGACCUGCAUAAAAACAACACCCAUAGCAGAGAGGUCUUCCGCCAGUACUUCAGACAGUUCUGCUACCAGGAGACAUCUGGUCCCCGUGAGGCUUUGAGCCGACUCCGAGAACUUUGCCAUCAGUGGCUGAGGCCAGAGACCCACACCAAAGAACAGAUUCUGGAGCUGCUGGUGCUGGAGCAGUUCCUGACCAUCCUACCUGAGGAGCUCCAGGCCUGGGUGCAGGAGCAGCAUCCGGAGAGUGGGGAGGAGGUGGUGACUGUGCUGGAGGAUUUAGAGAGAGAAUUGGAUGAGCCAGGAGAGCAGGUCUCAGCCCACACUGGGGAACAUGAAAUGUUCUUGCAGAAGAUGGUACCUCUAGGAAAAGAAGGAGAACCCAGUAUGCCCCUCCAGUCCAUGAAAGCCCAGCUAAAGUAUGAAUCUCUAGAACUUGAAUCCCAACAGGAGCAAGUUUUAGAUGUUGAGACUGGAAAUGAGUAUGGAAAUUUAAAGCAAGAAGUUUCUGAAGAAAUGAAACCACAUGGUAAUACAUCCAGUAAAUUUGAAAAUGAUACGUCCCAGUCUGCUAGGUGUGGAGAAACUCAUGAACCUGAAGAAAUAACAGAAGAGCCCUCUGCAUGCUCCAGAGAAGAUAAACGACCUACCUGUGAUGAAAAUGGAGUAAGCCUGACUGAGAACUCGGACCAUACUGAACAUCAGAGAAUCUGUCCAGGAGAAAAAUCUUAUGGAUGUGAUGACUGUGGAAAAGCUUUUAGUCAGCACUCAUACCUCACAGAACAUCAGAGGAUCCAUACUGGAGACAGACCCUACAAAUGCGAAGAAUGUGGAAAAGCUUUCCGUGGGAGAACUGUGCUUAUUCGACACAAAAUAAUACACACUGGAGAGAAACCAUAUAAGUGUAAUGAGUGUGGCAAAGCCUUUGGCCGGUGGUCAGCUCUUAACCAACAUCAGAGACUUCACACAGGAGAAAAACACUAUCACUGUAAUGACUGUGGCAAAGCCUUUAGUCAGAAAGCAGGCCUCUUUCACCACAUCAAGAUCCACACAAGAGACAAACCUUAUCAGUGUACUCAGUGUAAUAAAAGUUUUAGUCGGCGUUCCAUACUUACUCAGCAUCAAGGAGUUCAUACUGGCGCGAAGCCCUAUGAGUGCAACGAGUGUGGAAAAGCCUUUGUUUAUAACUCAUCCCUUGUUUCCCAUCAGGAAAUCCACCACAAAGAAAAAUGCUAUCAGUGUAAGGAAUGUGGGAAAUCCUUCAGUCAGAGUGGCCUUAUUCAGCAUCAGAGAAUUCACACUGGGGAAAAACCCUACAAAUGUGAGGUAUGUGAAAAAGCCUUUAUUCAAAGGACAAGUCUAACAGAACAUCAGCGAAUUCACACUGGAGAAAGACCCUAUAAAUGUGAUAAGUGUGGGAAGGCGUUUACUCAAAGAUCGGUCCUCACGGAACAUCAGAGAAUCCACACUGGAGAAAGGCCCUACAAGUGUGAUGAGUGUGGGAAUGCCUUCCGAGGAAUGACCAGCCUCAUUCAGCAUCAGAGAAUCCACACUGGGGAGAAGCCCUACCAAUGUGAUGAGUGUGGAAAAGCCUUCAGACAGAGGUCAGAUCUUAGUAAACACCAGAGCAUCCAUAAUAGAGGUGGUCCCUAUGUAUGUAAAGAGUGUGGGAAAUCAUUCAGGCAGAACUCAGCUCUUACUCAACAUCAGACUAUCCACAAAGGAGAAAAAUCUGUUUCUGUGUGAUGACUACAGGGAAGUUAUCUCACAGAGCUGAGGCCGGUGAGAAAUACUAUUUAGCUUUACAAUUAUUGGGGUAAAACUUCAGUCACCAUUGUUACAGGGAAACCUCAGAUAUUUAAUAAGAAUUCAGUACGUGCUGCCUAUUGUAUUAGGUGCUGUGGAGUACAAGAAGAUAACCCCAAACUCUUUUCUCAGAGAGUUUAUAGCCUAGUUUGGGAUAGAUAAGAUCCACAUAUUUAGUUAAAUAAGACUACAGGAGAGUAGAAUAGAUGCACAAGUUGGUGUUGAAUGAAAGUGGUACUUUGUAGCCUGUAAGUGCUGUAAAUUCUAAAGGACAGGUUACUUUUGCCUGGAGUGGUGAAGAAGGAUUUUAUUUAAAAUAAGGAUUUGAUGGGCAGACUUAGCAGUCACAAGGGAGAAAAUGGGUAAAACAAAUGUAAGCCAACUUAAGAGUGCAUGUGGUUUGGAAGCAUUUUCAGGGAAAAAACUAGCCAACCUGAAGUAAAAGGUUCAUGCAAAUUGGGCAAUCAAUAGCAUUAAGUUGGAAACAGCUUGGGGACAGACUAUAAGAAGGCCAGAAUGUGAAUAAUUUCAUCUCAUACUUUAUAGCACUUUGACAUUUACAGAGCACUUUUCUUAUUUAAUUCCUAAAAUACCUUGGUAAAUCAAAAGCAGUCUCCAUUUUAAAAAUGAGAAUACUCUUGCCUAUGAAGACGGCGACACAGCUAUAAUCCCACACAAAGAAAAAGACCAGUAACCUAAGUGCAGGUCUCUUGACUUCUAGUCCUGGCCAUUACACUAGUGAUCCUCCAACUUUGAUGAACAUCAAAAUCACGUUUGAGGCUUGUUUAACAUCCCUGAAUCCCACUCACAUUCUGCUUCAUUAGGCCUAGGAUGCGAGUUGAGAAUCUUCAUUUUUAUAGCUCCACACUUACUUAUUAUACUUUAAAAUUUGAGAAAUGUUGAGCUGAAUGACAGCUGACUUCAUGGCUGUCUGCAAAGUGGGGAAGCCUGAACACAGUCCUGUAAACUAAAGGCCGCUGCAGACUUUUAGCACAAGGAGAUCCUUACAGGGAACAUGUGCCACCAGCUCUUUGGAGUAAACCGGGAAUUAGACCCCCAUCAUGCCAAAAACUAGGGUUUUAAGGUGGUCUUUCCAUCCCUUCAGAUUUAAGUAUUUAAAGAAAAAGAGACAGACCUACAUUCCAAGGGUCUUCUGAGUGCAAGGCCUUGUGUUGUUUGUUUAUUUAGGGGAGGGCCUGGUGCUCUUCUCUGCUUUAUGCUUUACCUUCUUUUGUUUCCCAGAUCUCUUGUUACCUCUAUGUUCUGAAUUCCCUAAUAAUUGCUCUUGAGAAGUGAUUUACAUUUUGUUGGUUUGUAUAGUUCUUGAACACAUAAAAGGACCCCAAAUUAGAGAUACUAUCCCUUGGGCUUCUGAAAAAUGAAUCAACCAAAAACUGGUUGACUCUAACCUUGUCUUGCUGAGUAAAAAUUCUGCUUUGGAUGAGAA